GAGGCUUUCAAUGUUCAAUAAGUUUUCGCCAUUAAAACUACUUUGCAUUGCCGACACUCGUUUUGCUUCAAUUGUGUGCAUGCUUAAAAGGUUGAAACUCCUUAAAACAUCACUUCAAUCAAUGGUUAUUAGUGAGAAUUGGUCCUUAUACAAGGAUGAUCGACGCGGGCAAGCCUCACAUGUAAGGGAAAAGAUUUUGGAUGAAAUAUGGUGGGAAAAAGUUGAUUACAUUCUUGAUUUUACACGCCCAAUCUAUGAGAUGAUUAGGGUUUGUGACACCGACAAAUCUUCCUUGCAUUUGGUUUAUGAAAGAUGGGACAUUAUGGUUCAAAAGGUGAAAGAUGCCAUCUACAAGAAAGAGGGUAAACUAGAUUAUGAACAAUCUACCUUCUUUAAUGUAGUUAAAGGGAUUCUUAGUAGUCGUUGGAGUAAGGGUAGUACUCCACUUCAUUCAUUAGCACAUUCUUUGAAUCCAAGAUUUUACACGGAAGAAUGGCUUAAUGAGGUCCCGGGACGAGUUGCUCCAAAUGCCGACAAUGAAAUUUCCACACAAAGAUUACAAUGCUUUCGAAGGCUUUUCCAAAGUCCCGAUGAAAGAUUCAAGAUCAACACGGAAUUUGCAAUAUUCUCACAAAAAUCAGAGGGGAUCUUUCUCAACAUUGAUUGCAUGCAUGAUAUGGCUUUGAUGGAUGCUAAAAAUUGGUGGGCAACUUAUGGUUCCCAAGUGUCUAUGCUUCAAGGUUUGGCUUAUAAGCUAUUAGGUCAACCUUCUUCCUCUUCUUGUAGUGAAAGGAAUUGGAGCACCUAUAAGUUUAUUCAUUCUUGCACUAGAAAUAAGCUUACUCCUAAACGUGCUCAAGACUUGGUAUACAUUCAUAACAACCUUCGAUUACUUUCUAGGAGAAGUGAAGAAUACACUAAGGGGAGAUCUAAGUUGUGGGAUGUGGGUGGAGAUGAGCAUGACAACCUAGGAGAGGUUGGUAUUCUAGAGAUGGCCGAGCUCUCACUUGAUGAACCCGAGAUGGAGAAUAUGAUUUUUGAUGAUGUACUUGGUGAUGGUGAAGAAUGAAACUAUUAGUACUUUUGUUUAUUUUAUUUAUGAUUUGUAAAACUAUUAUUAAGACAUGUAUUUGGUUUGAUGGUUUCUUGAUAUGUAUGAGACUACGUUCGUACACUUUGUUUAUUUACUUGUUUUAACAAAAUUGUGUGUUUUGAGGCUAAUUAUUUAGUGUUUUAUUAAAUAGGUUGUCAAAUUCUCGUUUUUUUGAUAUAUUAUAUGCCUUGUUAUAUGCCGUACCCGUGUCCCCUAUUUCAGGAUUGCCGUUUUCCCGUGUCCGUAUCGUGUCCGUGUCGGUAUCCGUGCAACAUAGGUUGCCACAACCUGUCAUCUGCUCAGCAUAGUACUC